UAAAGCUGAAGCAGGGGAACAACAAACUGCCUCCAAGAUCGAAGUGGUUUCAGUGACAGAGGAAGACCUCCCCACUGUUGAGACCCCAAACACACUAAAUGUCAGCUUAAACAUAAAUUCGCAUUCUGACAACUUCAGAAAUCCUGCAGACCCUCAAACAUCAUCAAGUCCAACCAUGCCCGUCACCAAGGUUCAGCCAUUUAUGAAUGAGGAUGAUUUGGUGAAAGGCUGGAAGAAAAGACUACUGGCCCAUCGCAUGGUGUUGAUAAUUGCAGCCUGUGUCAUAACGGUGUUCACUCUAGCUCUUGGUAUUGGCCUUGGAGUGGGUCUGAGCUGUGUUGGGAGGUUUCGCUGUGGCUUUUCCUCUCAAUGCAUCAGAAGCUCAGCGCAGUGUGAUGGAGAGGUGCACUGUGACAAUGGAGAGGAUGAGCUUGGCUGUGUGCGUCUCAGUGGGCGGAGUUCAGUCCUUCAAGUUCAGAAAGGCGGUGUGUGGAGGACAGUCUGCUCAGAUGACUGGAAUAACUGGCUGGGACUCUCAGCCUGCAAGCAGUUGGGAUAUACCAGUUACGUCGAGUCAUUCUUCAUCUCCCUGACCUCCAUUGAGCAGGACCUUCAGUCCAAUCUUGUGUCAAUCAAUCUGAACCAAUCACAAAUCAUUAAGCUACAAAACACCACAAGCUACAGUAAAGCCCACUGCAGUUCAGGAAAGGUGACAACGCUGAAAUGUCUGGAAUGUGGCUUCAGACCCAAGUACUUGACUCGUAUUGUUGGAGGAAACAUCUCUCGGCCAGGCCAGUUUCCUUGGCAGGUCAGCCUUCAUUUCAGCAGUGAACACCUCUGUGGAGGCUCUAUCAUAACAUCACAUUGGAUCCUCACAGCAGCGCAUUGUGUUUUUGGAUUUGCAGACCCUUCCUUGUGGGUAGUCCAUGCGGGAGAGGUAGAGCAACCAGUCCAUGGUGCCCAAUCUCUUGCAGUUGAGCAGAUCAUACAUCACGCUCGCUAUCACCCUAAAGGACUGGAUUAUGAUAUUGCACUUGUGAAACUCAGCAAGCCCCUUAUUUUCAAUGGAUUUGUGGAGCCCAUCUGCCUGCCGAAUUAUGGGGAAGAAUUUGAGGAGGGUACCAUGUGCUGGAUCUCUGGUUGGGGAGCAACGGAGGACAAGGGGGAGACGAGUGUGGUUUUGCGUUCUGCCAUGGUCCCCCUCCUCUCCACAAAGACCUGCAACCAGCCUCAGGUUUACCAGGGCUUCAUCUCACCAUGGAUGAUCUGUGCAGGAUACUUGGGAGGAGGAAUAGACUCCUGUCAGGGGGAUAGUGGGGGUCCUCUCGCUUGUGAGGACUCAUCUCGAUGGAAGCUGGUUGGGACGACGAGCUGGGGCAUUGGCUGUGCGAUAAGGAACAAGCCAGGCGUGUAUACCAGGAUCACACAUUCACUUCACUGGAUCCGGCAACACAUGGAGAGGGAAGAGGCUCCAAACGCAGCAACUAUCAACUGAAUCACCUUUUCGAUUGAGACUGCGAGCCAGUUUGAUAAGGCAGAAAUUAAGAGUUGAGAUUUUUUAUUCCAAAAUGGAAAGCUCUCAGUCAAACCAGACAUGACAAAACAUCAUGCUUUAUAAAAAGAAAAACAGGCAUGAAAAGAGACGUUACGUUUGCAAACUACCCAUCCCCAUCCUGAGGACAUCUCAGAUAUUCCCGCACAUUAACAAUACUCUCUCAUUCAAAAA